GUAAGUUGCGUUUGGAAUUCUUGUAGAAGGCGAAGUUUAUGCUGUAUAUUUUAAUUUUUAUUCGUGAAAAGUUUAAACUCAAAGUGCUGAAAUUUAUAUCCAGAUAAGAGAAUAGUUUAUCGUCUAAGUGAAUAACGUACAUAUACAGCCCUCUGAGCAAAAUGUUUUCAGAUUUAGAGUCGCAGAUGUGCUAAAGGCUCAACUUUGUUGGGAUUGUGCUAAAAAUCAGGAUAUAAAAUCGUCGGGACCAUGGUUUCAACUCGUCAGUCCAGCAGUGUUGGGGGUGGUGGGGAGAAUACAGGGACUGUUUCUGAAGCAGGGCCCUCAAAAUCUUUACGUCACAGUAAUGCUCAGCCCGCACCCUUGUCAGAAGCGAAUGGGUCAACACACAGUGCAGAAGCUCCACCUACACAAAGCAUAAAUUUGAUGGAUUUACCACCAGAAAUUUUGCUGAAGAUACUUGGAUAUCUGCCAUACAAAACUGUUGCUCAUUUACGUCUGGUGUGCCGCAAAAUGGAUGGGAUCUGCUGCACCAUCCUGAACUCGACAUUCCAGGGCCUUCAGGCCCAGAUGCUGCAGCGGUUCCAGAGUAUCAAAGCUAAGAUGCCACGCCGUGAAUCUGCCAGACGCAACCACCCGCUCGCCUGUGAGUCCGAUAUCAUUGAGACGCUCCACAUGCGACUCACACUGUUGCAGAUGACAUUUGGCAAACACAUUGAACGCAAGCAUUGUUGCUUCUUUGCAGGAGAGAUUCUGGAUGAGGUGUAUCGAAUUCUUCAUUAUAUCAAGGUGACACAGAAGUUGUCACGUCCUUACAAAGUGACUGAUGAGCUGUUCGAUCUGUCCACCAUGGCCAUGGAAUACUUCAAGGAGCAUAUUGAGCCGAUGUUGCCAGAGAUUGCUUACUUUAGCACUGACUUCCUGGAUUUUACUGGAACUUUUGCAACAUCAUCUACUGCCAAAACUUAUCUGUGCCUGGAUUCUCCACCUCACUCCAGUGUUAGCAAGGGAGAUGAGUCACUAAACCAUGCUAAUGGCAUUGAGGAGCAAACACCCGAACCUCUGCCCCAGUCAAACAUGGUAUUGCGAAAACGCAUUCGCAAAAUCAAGCAAGGAAUGAAAAGAUACAACAAUCAGCUCACCCUGAUGCGCCGUGACCUGCGGAACUGUAAGGGGAAGAUUGCAGAGCAGCAGAAGCAGAUCUUAGAGUAUGCAAGUCGGCUUGACGAGACCGACAAGAAGAAUGAGGAGACAUCUCGCAAGUUCAGCACCCUGCUGCAGGAACUGAACAAAUGCAAAACAGAGCUGCAGUACUGGCGCUCGAAGUCACCUGCCAUUCCACCAUUGUGUAUCUCUUGUGGGAAAGUAAUGGCUCCAGUUGCUUCAGAAGACCUGUUGACCCUUGCUAACCAGGGUGUCAUGCCAGAAGGAUUAGGGCUCGAGUUUGCAGCAGAAGCAGAUGAGUGUACUGAUUCUGUGCCAAUCGCAGGAACCAGUAACAGCGAUAUGGCUUGGGCCAUUCAGCAACAGAUCUGGGAUUCGUCUGUUAAGAAGGAAGAAGAAGUCAUUGCUCCAGCAGCAAUGACAUCAGUGAAGAAAGAUGAGUGGCAACACCCUCCAGCAGUAGUGGUGGCCACUCAGGUACCUGCCAAGGCAAAUGGAGUAGCUUCAAAGCGGAAAGCUGUUGAUGAGAUAUUCUGUAGCUUUAAAGGGGCCAUUUCUGCAGGUAGUAGCCCUUUGCAAGAGACCAAGAAGCCAAGACGAAGUCACAAAAGUCGUAGUAAGCGCUCCAAAAUGUAAACAUUUAGACUGUUUAUAGAGGUAAAACAUAUAUAUUGAUACCAAGAAAGAAGUGAAUAUAUGGAGAAGUAAGGUUUAUCGUUAUUAAAAUAAUUAUUAUUAAUAAUUAUUAUUGUUUGCCUUUUUGUUUUUGGUAUGUUACUUCUCACACAUAAAUUCCUUAUGUAGCAUGUUGCAGUACCUUAUUAUUGAUUAACAUUUGCUAUAUUAGAGAAGUGACUAAUUAGGGAAAUCCAGUUGGACAUUAGAGAUGGUUUUAUGUGUACAGCGAAGAGGCAAGGCCUUGUAUCUGUUUGUACUGCCACAAUGUGGCGUGGACACUGCAUUCUCCAUGCCACCUAAUUACUGCCAGUCCUCAGAGAUCAUGCAAAGCUUGAGCAUUGGUCCGUGAUUAAUGUGUUAAGAUAUCAAAUGGUUUUAUUAUAAUUUCUGAUAAUUAUUGUGAGACAAAUAAUGACUCCUAAUGGAGAAUAUACUGCUGUGCACAAGUUUUACAAAUUUCUGACUUGCUUGAUAUGUAGCACAGAAAUUUCAUGCAGUGAUGUUUAAUUUAUAAAUUGGUAUUGACACAUACACGAAGUUCACAACUCAAUAGUUGUUACUAAGUAAUAAUAGAGAAAAUUGUUUCAUUUUACAUAGUUUUUAAUUUAAUGGGGUUAGCAUGCAGAGAAAUUUUUAUUAAAUAUGUGUAGUGGAAGGAUUUCUCUAUCAAAUUCUGAAGCAUGUUGUUUGGUAAAUGGCAUAGACAUGUACCAGAGAGCUUUUGUUUCUCUCCUUUCGUAAGUAACUUAGACUUGAAUUUCCAUACAUUGAUGUCUGUAAAUAAUAAAUAUUAUGCCUUACAAACAUUUGUAGCAUUUUAUGUUGUCAGAAGUGGCUUAGAAUUUGUUUCAGACACAGAGCAACUGGGCACUGGUUUGUACUAGGUAGACAGUUUGUUUUUGUUGUAUCAGAUUUAAUUGUUUGUGGUUGAGAAAAAUAGUGGAUAGAAGCCCAUGAGCAUAAAGUACAAAAUCUUGUUUGCUUUGAAACAAAACUUUAUCCUGAAUCAUAUUUAUUUUCAUACUGUUUAGUGCCAGAGUCUGAAUGAUUAUAAGGUAACUUACAGAAUUUUCUAUAGGGGGAUGCAUUUAUUUGUCAUACAGCAAUGAGCAGGCAUGCAUCAAACUAAACAUACUAUCUUGAGAAAUAUAUCUUACUAUGUUCAUAUCUUGAGAGGAAGAAUGGACAUAGUGUAUUUAAAGGUGUUGUAUCUGGGCAGAUACACAGAAUUAUUAUGAAUUGCCACAAAAAGAAAGGCUUGAUCUUGUGGCAUUUCAGAAGAAUGCAGUUCAAGCUUAUUUUCAAGUUAACACAAAUUAUUAUUAUUGUCAUUUGGACAUGCUUCACCUGUGAUAAAAACUCUUGUGACUAGACAUCAUGCUGAAUUUGCCAUUUAAUUAUUUUGUGUAAACUCAGGCAUAAAAGUACAGUUUGCACACACACUUAAGUGAAGUCAAACCAGACCUAUCCAAUAAUACUGCUCAUCACACUCGUAUGCUCGUGUAUGUUGGUACUGCAGUCAUUGUGCCACUAUGUAAUGCUGGUAAAACAGUGUGAGUUUGGCAAUUCUAAUGCAUUUAUUUACUCAGAAUGU